GUGGCAGAAAGCCACCUACGGCGAAAGUUCUUUAUUUCCGAUGGAGGAGGUGAUUUGAGCUUCUUGUCGGCCCGAGUUAUCGGGGCCACGGUUGCAGGUGUGGCUAAGAGGCCGGUCAUGAAGAAGUGGCGAGUGUGGUUUCUGUCUUUGCGGGAUUCCUGUGUAUCUUGGUCCAUGGACGACUACGGUACAGCGUUUCGGCUCAUUCCGGUUUUCGCAAUCAGCCCGGGUGUUCAUGGUGCUGAGUGCUGGGCGCGUGCUUAUUUGCGAAACCGAGCGGAGCUGGGGCUAGAAGCAUCUGAGAGUGAACCGCUCAUGAAGUGUCCGUGCGCGGAUGGGAGUUUUACAGAUCGCAAGUUGCGUUCUUCCGAUGCCUCUGUCUGGAUGAGGGAACUCUUGGGAAACGAUUGCAACGAGGAAGAGUUGGCCAACCUUGCCACCCACAGUUGCAAGGCCACAUGCUUAGCAUGGCUGACCAAGACGGCAGCUUCUAACAACAUGUGCCGCCGGGCCGGGUAUCAUGUGGGUCAGGAGGGACGAUCCGAGCUCGAGUAUGCCCAUGACGCUGCAGCACCCCUGGUACGCAGGUUGGCGGACACCCUUGAGUUGAUUCGUGAGGGGAUCUUCUGCCCUGACGAGCCGCGGCUCCAGCGGUGGCACGGAACUUCGGACUUUGAAUCGGCUGUUCUGUUGCUGCGGCGCGGCGAGGAGGCGAAGCGCCCUCGCAAGAAUGUCGUUGAUCGGCUCGAUUUGCGCGGCUGGAGCACCUUUGCUAACUUUGCUCAUGCUCCUACGGCUACCCCGGGUACUGCAGGAGCGGAAGCCGCCAUCAAGAUCGUCCUCGAUGCCAUCCUAGGCGAUUCACUUGCUGCCCAUGAGGCAGCUCUUCGCCGGUUACACUGGGAAGCCUGGACACUUACCGCUGCAGACCUUAAACGGAAAGUGGACGGGACCGACGAAGCUGGCCCGAGGAAAUUGCCUGUCGCCGAGAUUGGUGCACGCCUGCAGGUCCUCGCUCCAAAGAUUUCUCCCCUCAAGCUCCAGGGAAUCUUGGAGCCAAGUCAUGCCAGCAUUAACUUGUUUGCAGCCAUGCUUGAUGAAGGACGACUUCGCUAUGUGGAGUGGGCCCGGCUCACCACAAGAGACCAAGAGGUGUUGGGUGCUACCGAAGACCAGCUUCUCAAAGCCUGGAGACCGGACAAGGCAGGCAUUGUCAGGGAGCACAAAGAUACACCCCGUCUUGAGGCGAAUGUUGCUACGGACUUGUUGGUGCAUCAUGCUUUGCGGCGGAGGGGCGUGUGCUUCUCCGUGGCCGAACUCAUGAGCUUCGAGGUACAUGAGUCUCUCAUUCAAUUUUUGUUCGAUGCGUAUUACAAGGAGCCCACCGAAGGCUAUCAGCGG